UGCGAAGACAUCCUCGAGGACCACGAUAACGAUGGCAUCCGCCGACGAGCCGCUGGACGGGAUCGAGUCGCGUUUCGCACGACGAGCAGCUGACGAGACCGAGUGGAUCCCGUUAACCCUAACGCUGGUGGAGUAUCCGCAAGGAGACAUCUUUGGGCUCCUUUUGGCUGUAAUAAGUCUAAUACCCUUCGCCAUUAUAAAUAGCUUUCUUACAUUGAUACUUUUUAGGAGGGAUUUACAUACCAUCAUAUUUUUUAUCGGAGUCAUUUUCAAUGAGUGUAUAAAUUAUGUAUUAAAAUAUACGAUUCGCCAGACGAGGCCGAUGAGGAGAGAUGGAGUGUAUAUCGAAUACGGCAUGCCGUCUACACAUGCACAAUUUAUGUGGUUCUUUGCUGCAUACGCAACACUUUUUAUAUACUUUAGGUUAAAUUACAACUGUACGAUUCUCGAGAGAUUUUUGCGGACAAUAGUAGCGAUAGGAUGCAUCUUUGCAGCUGUAUUGGUGACCUACAGCAGGGUGUAUCUGCUGUAUCACUCCAACACCCAAGUAUUCUGGGGUGCGUUAAUUGGAAUCGCACUGGGAACAGCAUGGUUCAUAAUCGUGCACACAGUCCUGACACCACUCUUUCCCAUGGUAGUCUCAUGGCGAAUUUCGGAGUUCUUGUUGCUACGCGACACGACGUUAAUCCCUAACGUUUUGUGGUUUGAGUACACGAAUAUUCGUACCGAGGCUCGGGCACGAGCGCGAAAACUAUCAGCGAUCGGUAGAUCGCAUUGACAACCAAUUACGGUCGGCCAGUAGGCCGAUAUGUCUAAUAAAAAUGCCUUGAUAAUGAACGACUCGAGACUAGUUAAACUAACUGACAUUCCUGCGAUUGACAUUCCACGUUGGAAGAUUAACGUGGAAACGUGUUCGAAAUGUAAUCCCAUUAUCAAAAAUUGUUUAAGAGCCGGUCUCACCAUCUCCGAUUAACUUGAAUUGACUAAUUAAAUUUAAAAACAACUACAAAACUUAAAAUUGAUUGUAUUAAUUUGCUUUUCUUAUUUAUUUUUUUCUAUUUUUUUCUAAAUUAAAAUGAUAUAAAAUAUACUUUAUCAAUUAAAUAAUACGUUAAAUUAAUUGAGAAAUUAGGUGAAAGAUGAUUAAUUUUUAAGUUUUGUAGCUAUUCAUAAAUUUAAUAAAUCGAUCAAGUUAGGAAAUGAUAAGACCGACAUUAAAUUUGAAUUCCAGUGCAAUUAUGGAAUCUACGAAAUGAUCGAUAUUCAGUGGUAUGAAUCGUCAUUCUCCAUCAGAGCCGGGACUAGAAUAUAGCAAGGCAUUUUCCUCAUGUAAAAAAAUUGGAGCGUGAAAAUUUGGCAAUAUAAAUUUCUAAUUAUUUCAACUCGUUACUAAUAAUCCCUAGACUUGAUUGUGUUCCUAUUAAAUUAAUACUAAUAUAUUAAAUACUAUUAAUUAUUAUUAAUUUUUUAAUUUAUUUUACAUUAUUGUUUUUCUUUGUUAGAAAGAAAAUUUAAUUUUUUUUUAUUUCGAGCGCUGAAAUGCCUAGUCCCAGUUCUGUAUAGCAUUAUCGUUAUUAUUACGACAAUAUCGUGUAUAUAUAAUACACGAUAUUGUCUAUUAAACGAUAAUUUAAGAUAUUUUUAUCGAAAAUUGAAGUAUUGGCGUCAUCGAACCUUGACGGAAGUUUAUGUCGAUUUGCGAUUGCUAAACGAACAUUAGAUCAGAUCAAAUGCGAGAUUAUCAAAUACGUUUGCGCGUUUAAUACACAAUUGUAUUUCUAACGAAAAUUACGUUUUUUUUUUUAAUUUUGCAUCUUAUUUACAAUGGUACGCUUUGUACCAACUUCCAAAAAGCACAUAUCGCGCGUGUGCUAAAUCUUCUCUCCCCAUGUAUUCUCGACACUUAAUUCAGCAAAAGAACGAGGUAAUGCGGUCAAGAUGUUCGCUUGAAUGAAGUUGGAGACUCGAAAACGAAUCGGGCAACGAUAGUCAAGAACCAUAAGAAGAAGAACCAAGCCUGUCCACAUAUAUAACUCUGAAUAAAUAUGCAAGAUCUUCAUUUAUACGUGAUGUUUCGCAACGGUUUAGUCUAAUGUAUUCAUGGAAAUUUGGAUAUUAAUUCUGAUACACGUUCAUGAGUCAUACACUGUAAAAGAUACCCAGCAAACACCGAAUAUAUUACAUAGAUGUAAUGUUAACAUACAUGUGUUGUAUUCAUGUUAUAUUCAGUUUUUACUGAAACUAGUUAUCUUAUUUUAAGGAAAUAAAAAAGAAAUAUAUAGAAUCGAUUUCACCUAACUCCAAUUAACUUAAAAAAAUUAGCUAAUUUAAUUGCCAAAUGCAAAAUUUAAAACUGAUCGUGUUUUGUUUUUCUUAUCCAUUUUCUGCAAAUUAUAACUUAUUUAUGUAAAAUAUAAUAUUGUAAAAUUAACAAUUACGUUGAUUUUAAGUUCAAAUAAUUAAAGGAUAGUUUAAUAAUGUUCAGUUUAAAGUUUUAUAAAUUUAAGUCGAUUUUUUUUUAAGUUAGUUGGAGUUGAGACCGGGACUCAUAAGCUAUUAGUUUAAUUAAAAGCGAUCAUUCGACUGGAGUACAACAGGAAGAGGGAACAUUAUGAAAAGUACUGAGCUAAUAAAAUUAUUGAUUAUAUUAGAAAUAGAGAAAAAUUAUAAUGUAGUCCAACACGUGUGUACUCCAGGCGCAAAUUUUUCCUUACCCUCAUAUUCGCGAGAUUACUGCCUGAAGAUCAUUAUAUCAGUUUUUAUUAUUUUUCCUUCCCAGAGUUAUCAAUGUGUUGGGCGUAAUAACGUUCUCAAGAAUCUUGAUUUUUCGUGCGAUGCGGCGGUUAAUUGUUAGUCAGAUAGAAGUGAUCAGAACGUGGGCGGAGUGUGUAACAUUAUAUACAGUUUAUUUUUUUUCCUACGAUAAGAGGAGAAUGUUCGAAUUUUGUUAAUGGAACUCGAUAAAGCAGCGAGCGAUGUGGUCGUGCGAUUUUGUGAAAACUUUGUAUAGAAAACGAGUCGUUUCUCGCUUUACGACUUGAAUAUACAUUUAAUAAAAUACGUAUUGUCACACGAUAA